CAAUCGCUUCACCAUGCCAGUACGCAAUGUCCUUGCUCGCCUUGUCCAUCCUGUGGACAAGCUUCCGGACCUGGGACCAGAUCAACUGGCCUCCGUUCGUGGUAUUGCUACGGGAAAGCCGAAUGCAGUGGAAGACGUAGAACUGAAGAAUGCCUCUCUUGCCGCGACAACCAACACUUUGGCGUCACCCAGUGAAUCCGCAGGUCCUGCCCUGACAGAUUCAGCUCAGGCACUAGAGGUUCCAGCUGAUGCUGUAGAUUCUUCGUCGGCUGCUCCUGGUGGUUCGCAGGGCGAUCAGUCCCAAACAACAGAUACUAGUGCCUCUUCAACUCCAGGAGAUUUUGUCGUCAAGUGCGAAAUUCCUUUGUUUGGCAACAAGUCAGUCAAGGCGGAGCUUCUUGUCUGGGAUGGACCACCUCCAGUCGGUGUCGUCAUUGGUGAAGCGGCGCCAUCCGUUCAGAAGGCACUAGUGACAGGCGAUUUCAAACUGUCUUCCAUUAUACCCGUACUGAAGGGAACCGAAUCCGACGACAUCACCUUCCGCAAUGUCACAAUUAUCCAUCAGAAUUACCAGUUUGAUCCAGACAGCGCGCUGGGGUACACCUUCUCCGGUGAUCUAGUGAUCGAGCAGUCCUGUGGAGCGAUGCACAAUAUCCUUCGCAAGGUCCUGGCACUGGAAGACUCUGCCCUACAUGUUCAAGCUGACUUUGGACCAGAUCAGACGUGGUCUGGCCCAGUCAUUGUCAAUACGUUGACCAUAGCGGGGACGUUCACCGGCCGCACAUCUUCUCCCACCACGGGAAUAGUUUUCACCAGUAUUGGAGCCCUGUUGGAACUCCAUCAUAAAUCCGACUUUGCGCCUUCCUAUGUUGCCACGAUAUAUGGGAAAAUGAACUUGGCAGUGCCAGGGGCUACCACCCCACUAGAACUCGAUUACACGCUCUCGGAUGCUGGGGGUACUGUCAAGCUUGAUGCUAGUAUCCCCAACAACACGCAAUGGCAAAACCCGAUGGGGGUGCAAGGGAUAUGUCUGGACAGUGCUACAUUCUCGAGCAACCUCGCGCUCGACGAUCCCUGGAAAUCGUUUGCGUUGGACAUUGAUGCAUACUUGACGUAUCAGUCCAUGAAAACUGAGUUCAGGGGUUCGUGGGUCACCAGUGGAGCGUGCGCCCUCAGCGCCAAUAUGUCGAAUUUUGAUUUUCAGACUAUCGAGGCGCUGUACGAUUCCAUGCACCACGCUCGUCUGAGUCCCCCGAAGAUUGAUGUGUCUAUUGCCUCGGCUGUCUUGAGCAUUACAAAAGGGCAAGGCUUCACUAUAUCGCUUCAAGGAGUCUCCGUCGCUGGGCACCUGAUUGGUGACGCAAAUUUGGUGAUUGAUGGUGAUGGCGUGAACCUGCACGGGGCCAUGUCCAACGGAGGGGCUGUGACCUUUGGAGCGCUCAUACUCUCCCAGGCUUUGAUAGACGUGAACUAUCGCAGGACUACGAGUGGGAAGCAGACGGAUGCUACCAUCAUCGGCAAUGUGUCGUUCCAUGGAUUGGAUUUCAAAGCCGCGGUUCACUUGUAUCCUUCUGACGAUAUCACGGACACCGCCACACUAAAGCCGGUUGAAUGGACAGUUUUCGCAGAGCUGACAGCUAACAACGAUGAGCUUUUGCUUUCGAAGUUCGUUCCCGCGGUUAGGGAUGGCGAAUUUGACCUGGCCUUGUCGCAUGUUGUUUUCUUGGCGGCCUCUCGGGAUGAUCUAGUCAUUGGUGCGGCGGUCCCCACUGACUACAGUUUCCACAAAGGUGUCCAGAUUUGCGGGACGUUUGAUAGUCUCCCGGGAUUAGACGCAUUGACACAGUCUACCACGACUGGAUUGAUUCUUCAUGCUACAUAUGACCCUUUUUUGGGAUUCAGUCUUGAUGUACAACUUCCUGUUCUUCGCGAGCUUCAUCUUGGUCAUGGGAUUACCUCCACUGGUCUUGAGUUGCGCAUUAAUCCGGGCAGUAGAGGGAUAGGCCCAACUUUGGGCAUCUCGAGUGGGCUGCUCAUUCCUGUUGCGCAUAGCGAGAAGCCGCUGGAGUUCGCGAUGACGCUCACAGGGAACAUCGUUGGGGCUACUGGUGCCGCUGAGUUGAAGAGGUGGUGGGUAGAUCCCUUUGGGAUCAGCAAGGAAGUCAAGAUUGGUCCAGAUUUGCUUCUUCAGCUCGCUAUUAGCUAUGCAUCGCCCACUGCACUGAGUGGACUUGCAUUCUCUGGUGGGCUGCAGAUUGGUAACACCGUUGCCCAAGUCGUUGUUAGUAUCAAUGAAGAUCCGAUGAAGGAGAUGGUGUCUACGGAACUCAAGAACCUAAGUCUCGACGACAUUGUCACGUUUACCGAAAAGAUCGUCGGAUCGCACAUCCCGAAAGCGCCAAGCGGGUUCCUUCUAUUCGAGGAUCUGAAGAUAUACAUCUGCCCAUCGGGUGUCACUUUGGCAGAUGUCGCGUACCCGCCAGGAUUCUCGUACGAGUCCCGCAUGAUUGUCUUUGGCCACCACGCUGAUGUAUCCGCUCAUGUUGGCGGCGGUGCGUUAUCCGUCCAAGGCCAUGUUGAUAAUUUCCGCAUUGGACCUCUGAUCGUCCAUGGAAAGACAUUGUUAAAGGAAGUAUCCCGCGCAUCCAUCGAUUGCACCAUUAGCGAGCAGGUGCAGCAUCUAUCACUGAAUGGGGAAGUCAUUCUCUGGGAUGAGUCUGUAUCCUUGCGUCUGGAGGUGGACACGCAUCCCGUACCAGAGCUCGUUUUCUUCUGCGAGCCCAAAUUCACAGACUCGCUGUUCUUCGAAAUGAAGGCUACCCUGAUAGGCCCGCCAUCAUUCAAAGACCUUUCUGAAUCAGAAUUCGAGUUGUAUGCGGACUUGGAGAACCAUAUCUUGGAUUAUGUGUGUGAAGAGGUUCUCAAGGGUUUCGAAAAAUUGGAGAGAGACACGAAAGAGGACAUUGAGGCUGCGAAAAAGAAAGUGGAGGACGAGCGGAAGGCAAUGCUUGCGGGUAUUGAUGAAGCGCAGAAGAAACUUGACGCUGCGAAAGCGGCAUUGAAUAAGAAGAAUUCGAGCGCUAAUGCGGCUGCAGCACUCGAGGAGAGGAUUGUUGCUGCUGCUCGGGAUGUUGUUGAUGGGUUGGUGGAAUCUAGUGAAUACGCUGCUUAUUAUCUGGCGGUUGCUGGAUUAACGAACGCAAAGGAGGCAACCAUCGGCCUCAAGGCAGCUGAACAGAUAUUAUCUGUUAUCGAGUAUGCAGCAGAGGGGAUGCUUUGGGCUGUGACGUUUAUCAACAAGGAGAACAGGAAAGCGCUCGACAUCCAAAAGAUUGUCUUGACCGGGUUAUUGGGCAAGACUCCCAAUGGUCCACAGUCACUUUCUGCGGAUAUUCAAGGCGUUAUCAUUGGCAAGACUUUUCAUAUUGAUGGAAGAUUAGACCCUCGGAAGGUUGAAGAUUUCAUAUCUGAUAUUUUUACGCAGCUUUGGGAUGAGAUCAAGUCACCCCAUAAGUAGGUAGUACAACUCCUUAGGUGGACAUACAACCGAGGAUGGGAACUUCUUCUAUGGAUGAUAGACAGUUGGCAUGUAAAUUUAAAGUAGUAUACGGUGAUCAAAUCGCAGUAGCUAUCCUGGCUGGAUGAUAAUAAUGCAUGUUUCGCUAUUUCUGGGAUCGACCGGAAGGAUAUUUUGUUUUGCCUGUAUCCAGUCUGCCAGGGUAUUGCAGCUGGUCCCUCGAGAUAUUCCUGCCAGCAGUAGUACAGAGGCACAGCGUUCUGACCAGGGUCUAGAACUUGGAGGUCGAGAGCUAAGGGGAAUCUGGUCUCGCGUGACCUUGCCAAGG